CCGCUGCUGAGCCGGCAGCCGGAGGCGCCCCGGAGGAGCCGCCCGCCUGGCAUCGCCCCCCGCCAGCUGUUUCUGAGGAGUUACGGACCUGGAGGAGCAGAGUAAUAGAAUGACCUCUCCUGUGGACCCCAAGAUUAAACAGGCUUUGCGAAAGAAACCAUCAGAAAGGACUCCGGAGGACUUAAAUACUAUCUAUUCUUUCCUUCAUGGACUGGACAUACUCUCACAUUUCAGGGAACAUCAGCUAAGAAUAAUGUCAUCAAGUGCCCGCUAUGAGAGGUACAAGGGCAACCAAGUUCUCUUUUGCUCAGAAACUAUUGCAAGAUGCUGGUAUAUACUGCUUUCUGGAUCUGUGCUUAUGAAGGAUUCCAUGUUUUUACCACCUUGCAGUUUUGGCAAGCAGUCUGGAGGAAAACGAGGAUGCGAAUGUAUCAUAUUGGAGCCUUCAGAAAUGAUUGUGGUGGAGAACUCCAAAGACAAUGAGGAAAACCUCUUGCAAAGAGAAGUCCCGCUUAGGCAGUCCCGUCGGAGGUUUCGGAAGAUCAACCAGAGGGGCGAGCGUCAGACCAUCACUGACAACGUGGAUUCCAGCAGUUACCUGUCGCUUCCAGCUGAUCUUACCAAGAUGCAUCUUACCGACAAUCCUCAUCCUCAGGUGACUCACGUCCCCUCAAGCCAGUCGGGAUGUAGCAUUGCCAGUGAUUCUGGGAGCAGCAGCCUAUCUGAUAUUUAUCAGGCUACAGAAAGUGAGAUGGGAGACGUUGAUUUAACAGGUCUUCCAGAAGCACCUGUAGACUCUGAAGAUGAAGAAGAGGAGGAGGAUGAAGAUAUUGACAGAACUUCAGAUCCGCUUCUAGGGCGAGAUGUCGUACGAGAGUGCCUUGAGAAAGAGCCUGCAGAUAAAACUGAUGAUGAUAUUGAGCAAUUAUUGGAAUUUAUGCAUCAACUCCCUGCCUUUGCAAACAUGACUAUGUCUGUGAGAAGAGAACUUUGCUCAGUGAUGAUAUUUGAAGUAGUAGAGCAAGCAGGAGCCAUCAUACUUGAAGACGGCCAAGAACUCGAUUCUUGGUAUGUUAUUUUAAAUGGCACAGUGGAAAUCAGCUAUCCUGAUGGGAAGAGUGAGAGUCUCUGUAUGGGAAAUAGUUUUGGGAUUACUCCCUCUCUGGACAAACAGUACAUGAAUGGAGUGGUCAGAACCAAAGUAGAUGAUUGUCAGUUUGUGUGUAUAGCCCAGCAAGACUACUGGAGGAUUCUGAACCACGUGGAAAAAAACACUCAUAAAGUGGAGGAAGAAGGAGAAAUUGUUAUGGUAAAGGAGCACAGAGAGCUGGAUCGCAGUGGAACCAGAAAAGGACACAUAGUUAUCAAGGCAACACCGGAGCGACUCAUCAUGCACUUAAUAGAAGAACAUUCUAUUGUGGAUCCAACCUACAUCGAAGAUUUCCUUUUAACGUACAGAACGUUUCUAACAAGCCCCCUGGAAGUUGGAAAUAAACUCUUGGAAUGGUUCACAGUGGACAGCCUCAGGGAUAAGGUUACCAGAGUGGUCUUACUGUGGGUGAACAAUCAUUUUAAUGACUUUGAAGGAGAUCCUGCUAUGACUCGAUUUCUGGAAGAAUUUGAAAAGAACUUGGAAGAUACGAAAAUGAAAGGACAUCUCAGAUUGCUGAAUAUUGCCUGUGCUGCCAAAGCAAAAUGGAGACAAAUUACCCUGCAAAAACCUUCUAGAGAUUCACCACUGUUUUUCAGCCUCCUUGGAGGAAGCGACAAGGGUUUUGGUAUUUUUGUGGAGACUGUGGAAAUGGGCAGUAAAGCAGCAGAAGCUGGACUUAAGCGUGGUGAUCAGAUAAUGGAAGUAAAUGGACAGAAUUUUGAGAACAUUACCUUUGUAAAAGCUCUGGAAAUCUUAAGGAACAACACUCAUCUCUCCAUUACUGUAAAAACAAACAUUUUUGUGUUUAAGGAGCUGCUCUGCAGGAUAGGACAAGAGAAGAAUGGAAUUCCACAUAUUCCAAAAAUUGCAGAAAAGAAAAACAACCGUUAUUCCAUCCCAGAUAUGCCUGGAGAUGUGGAACAGAUGUUUCCCCGUGAAAAAGGAAACAAGAAAAUGAAAGCAAACACUGUAUCUGGUGGAAGAAACAGAAUCAGGAAAAUUUUAGACAAGACUCGAUUCAGCAUCUUGCCUCCAAAACUGUUCAGUGAUGGUAGUGUGAGCCAGUCGCAGGACGACAGCAUUGUUGGGACUCGGCAGUGCAGACACAGCCUGGCCAUCAUGCCUAUUCCGGGAACGCUCUCAUCCAGUAGCCCGGACCUGUUGCAGCCUACAACUAGCAUCCUGGAUUUCUCUAAUCCUUCAGAUAUUCCGGAUCAAGUAAUAAGAGUUUUCAAAGCAGAUCAGCAGAGUUGUUACAUUAUCAUCAGCAAAGACACUACAGCAAAAGAGGUUGUGAGUCAUGCCGUCCAUGAAUUCAACUUGACGGGAGCCCCGGAGACCUACUCCCUCUGCGAAGUGUCUGUCAGCCCCGAGGGAGUCAUCAAACAACGGAGACUCCCGGAUCAGUUCUCCAAAUUGGCCGACAGGAUUCAACUCAACGGACGGUAUUACCUAAAAAACAAUAUGGAGACAGAGACCUUAUGCUCAGAUGAGGAUGCUCAAGAGCUACUGAGAGAAAGCCAGAUUUCCCUCCUACAGCUGAGCACCAUUGAGGUGGCCACUCAGCUUUCCAUGAGAGACUUUGAAUUAUUUCGCAAUAUUGAGCCUACAGAAUACAUCGAUGACCUUUAUAAGCUGGACUCCAAAACAGGAAAUGCUCACCUGAAACAGUUUGAGGAUGUCAUAAAUCAAGAGACGUUCUGGGUUGCCAUGGAAAUUUUAGCAGAGCCCAACCAACUCAAAAGAAUGAAGAUUAUUAAGCAUUUCAUUAAAAUUGCCCUCCACUGUCGAGAAUGCAAGAACUUCAAUUCCAUGUUCGCAGUUAUAAGUGGGUUAAAUCUAGCACCAGUAGCACGUCUCAGAGGCACUUGGGAAAAGUUACCGAGCAAGUAUGAAAAGCACCUCAGAGACCUUCAAGAUCUUUUUGAUCCGUCUCGAAACAUGGCAAAAUACCGCAACAUCCUUAGCAGCCAGAGCAUGCAGCCUCCAAUUAUUCCACUUUUUCCUGUUGUCAAGAAGGAUAUCACAUUUCUACAUGAAGGAAAUGAUUCUAAAGUGGAUGGCCUGGUAAAUUUUGAGAAACUCAGAAUGAUUGCCAAAGAAAUUCGCCAAGUUGUCAGAAUGACCUCAGCGAACAUGGAUCCGGCUGUAAUGUUCAGACAAAGGAAGAAGAGGUGGAGAAGUUUGGGAUCUCUGAGCCAGGGCAGCACAAACUCGAACAUGCUGGAUGUACAGGGAGGCGCUCACAAAAAACGUGCCCGACGCAGCUCACUUCUGAACGCCAAGAAGCUGUACGAGGAUGCCCAGAUGGCGAGGAAGGUGAAGCAGUACUUGUCCAACCUGAAUGUAGAGACAGACGAAGAAAAGAUCCAAAUAUUGUCACUUCAGUGUGAGCCUGCAUAUAGCACUCUGACAAAGAAUUUAAGUGAGAGAAGAGGAGCGAAAUCCUCAGAAAUGUCUCCGGUACCCAUGAGAUCAGUUGGCCAAACCACUAAAGCCCAUCAGCAUCAACAAAACAGAAUGAGUCAAGUUCUUCAGGUUCCAACUGUGAAUUUAUACCCCAGUAGGAAAAAGGGACUGACAAAGGAUCAUGUCACAUUCAGUACAGGCUCCCCACAGAAGUCAUUAAGCUUGUCUGAGGAAGUAAGUAGUAAGAAACAAACAGAUGACACGAUGUCCAUGGCAUCUUCUUUGCACUCCAGCCCACCUGCUUCUCCUCAGGGCUCUCCACGCAAAGGCUAUGCCCUCAUACCUUCCACUAAAUCUGAUAACUUCUCAGACUCCAGUCACAGUGAGAUUUCAUCCCGGUCCAGCAUCGUCAGCAACUGCUCAGUGGACUCGAUGUCAGCAGCGCUGCAGGAUGAGAGGAGUUUGUCCCAGUCUCUCAUUGUGGUGGAUUCAGGGGCAGAGAGAAAAGAGCAUCCUCAGCCGCUGGCUGAUUAUGGCCAGCCAUGCCCAGGCUGGUCAAUCACUAGGCCUGCUCUCAUCAGAGGGCUGGCUUUCACGUCCUCCAUGAGCAGCGAGGAGAUCUCCCAUGAACAUAUCACGGUAGAGGCAGCAGAUAGCGGCCGGGGAAGCUGGACUUCAUGCUCAAGUAGUUCUCAUGACAACUUCCAGAAUAUCCCAAACCAGAAGAGCUGGGAUCUCCUCAAUUCUUACCGUCACACCCAGCUGGACGGACCUAUAGCUGAAGUCGAUCCCACAAACUGUUACUCUGAGGAGGCUUAUUUGUAUUCUGAAGCCUUUUCCAAAACCAACAGGCAGUCAAAAGCCAGCGUGGAGCUCGAUCAGUCUCGGCAGAGCUGGGCCUCCUCCAGCUCGCUGUCAGACACCUACGAAACAAACUAUGGGACGAUUAAGCGGAGGGGGCUGGAGAACUCUACAGCAGAGCAGACAGAGGUUUUGGACUCUAAACCAGGCGCUGAUACAACUUACAAAACUGUUACUUCGAGUACAGAAAAAGGCCUGAUAGUGUACUGUGUCACCUCACCUAAGAAGGACGAUAGGUAUAGGGAGCCACCGCCCACCCCUCCGGGAUAUAUGGGGAUUUCUUUAGCGGACAUAAAGGAAGGAUCGCCCCACCACCCACACCUAAAACCUCCAGACUAUAGUGUGGCAGUGCAGAGGUCAAAGAUGCUGCACAGUGACCUCUCUAGACUUUCAUCAGCUUCUCUCGGUAGUGAACCGGUGGCCUGUAUUUCAUCGAAGAUGCCUCAGUGGCAUAGUCGGCAGCCGUCCAACCCCAAGCUAGCAGAUAUGACUGACGCAGAUAGUGAAGAGGAUGAAGAUGAACAAGUAUCAGCAGUCUAACCGUUGGGCUAUUUAUGUAAACCACUUCACAACACAAGGGAUGUGGGGAGAAGGACCACAUGAUUCUGUUAGCGAACGCUAACAACUUGCUGCUACUAACCUCAGACGUUGCGAUUGCCUCUGUCACGGACGAGAUGGAACGGGUUGGAUCACGUCUCUCUACCUUACUUCAGUCUACCACCGCCUAAGAAAGCUAUUUCUGCCUGUGAAAUAGAAAACCGUUUUCAAGGAGCGUACUGACUACCUGGAUACCAACAUUGGUAUCUGGAGAUGGACCAGGCUUCAUGCAUUUGCGAGGACCAGUUGUCACCACCACUUGAAACUCGGAAGCAUUCUUCUGUAUGAUACCAUAUAAUCCUUUGGUAGUUUUCCAUCGUCGUUAUUUUCUACAUGACCAUUAUAAGUCUCUAAGGGUGUUAUUUUAUGAACUUUAAAAAAAAAAUAUAUCAAAAUGUCAGCAAAAGCAAAGGACAUUGCUGAAGUAUCUGAAUAUAAUUUAUUAAUUUAAAUUUUUUUUGAUGGGAAUUUCCUUUCUUUGUGUUGGCAGUGCUCUGGUUGGCUAAUAAAAAGGUUUAGUCAAUGGGAUGGUAAAUUAGCUACACAUAAACUGUCGUGCUGUCAAAAUAAACACAGAAAACUAGAAACGGGACACAUUAUCAGGUGCAGAUACAUGGAUUUUAGAGUAGUUUUAGAUUAUAUAGAGCACAAAGCCCUGCAGAGCGGCGUGUGUCGGGCAGGCAGCCCUGCCGUCUGCCGCUCCCCUCCUACACGGACACAGCAAAAACCCUUCGCCCUUGAAGUAUUUUUGGAAAUUUUUUAGCUGCCAGCCAACUAAGGCGAUAGUUGGUGCUCUCCUCCCCUAUUAAGUAGUUGUUUGAAAUGUGGAAGCCGUAGCUCACAGGGAGCUGUUAGGGGAGUUUGAAGCUUUCCCAAAAGAGCUUUAACCAGGUUUUGCCCUGUGGAGUUCAGCAUGCAAAGCGUGUUGCUAGAAACCAAAACUAAACCGUGUGUUGUGGGUUUUAAGAUCAUCCCACGCGUUCUGGCCCUCUACCAGAGUUGCACAGGAUUUAGGUGCAAAGGUUAUCUUUAAAAAAAAAAUAAUUAUGAAUCGCCUUCAUUUCACAGUAAAAUUUGUGAAACUGAAUAUUAAAUGACAUAAUGCUUAUAUAAGAGUACAAAGCAUUUUAUGAUGGGUUAAAAAACCCUGUUGUGUUCAUCUGGAAAAUACAGAUGAUCUCAAAACAUUUUGUUCUCAAUCCUAGGUAAAAAUCCUGGUGUUGUUGAUGUCAGUGACAGUUUUGACUUACAGCCAGCCAGUAUUAACACGUGAUCCUCUAGUUUGACUAUGGUCAAAUAAGUUGCUCGUUUGAUUUUGCUUAGCCAGCCAGAGCGCAGAGGGGUAAAACUGGAAAUACCUGCAGUUUCUUUCUUUCUUCUAGCACAUGAUGCCCCAUUCUAGUGUUAAAAUUGGACAUGAAUGUGUGAAUAUGUAUUUAAACAUUUAAUUGUAAAUCUUUGUUGUGAUGUUUACAGCCUAAGCUAGAAAGAUGUUUGUCAUUUUUACAGUGCCUCAAAAAUGAUUUCUAUAUCCAUAGUUGUGAAGAGCUUUAAGGUUGGUUUUGGUUUUUUUUUUUCUGUAUGUGUGCAGGGGGUGCAAGGUGAGUGCAACAUUUCCUGAAAAUGACACAAGUACCAAAACCAACCCAAAGCCUUUGAUGUGCUUUCCCCACAGCAGCUUGGGACUGAUGCUACCGGGUGAAUGUGUAUGACCCAGCCUGCGUCUGCAUUCGUAGCGGUGCCAGGUUCAAUAUGACCGUGUGGCUGGAACUUACCCAGAUUGAUUGGAAUUCGGAAGACAUAAAUGAACAGCGAUGCUGAGGAAGGGGAUGCCUAAUUCAUAACUAAUUGGUUGGCUGUAUGAAUUUUUGGCACAAGUAUCUGAGGAGCAAAUGGUUGGAAAAAAUACAUGAAAAAAUCAGUUGAGGUAUAUCAUAGUAAAUGCAUUUUGCUUUUUCGAGGCCUUAAUGAAUAUAAUGAACCUGCACAGGCCUUAAUGAAUAAAGAUUCAUGUAAGUGUCAAAGCAAGGCAGGGCAGAGCGAUUAUUUUCAGCACAUGUAAUGUUGAUAAUAUAACUGUUAAAUUGAUAUUUUUGUGGGAUGUAAAUCCAAGUCCUAGAAAUCCCACCGCCAACUGUAGUUGCUUGUUAACAUCUCCGUGGAGUGCGCAAUAGGCUUCGUGUUUCGUCAGAAAAUCAUCUGUGUCGUGCCAGGUAAAUUAAAUCAUGCGGUUCCCAUGACCUCAAGUGUUGAGCUGCAGUUUAUUUCAGCCUGUUGAACAAAAGUAUAAGGGAUGAGGGGUUGUUACUAAAGUGACUUCCUUUUCCCCCAAAAACCCGUAGUGCUGUCUUUGAGGAUACGGUAAAGCUCCUCCGGGGAGCGGGGUUGGGGUCUCCUCUGGCAGCCAGAAAGAGCAGUUGAAUAAAUCACCCAUUCGAAACGUGGUGUUUGCACAUCAACAGCAUCCGUCUGUUCUGCAGGGCUUUUCAGGACGCUGAAAAGUUUUUAAAGUGAGUGAAAGUCUUGCUAAUCAUAUUUUCCUACUAUCCAAUACAGCUGGUGUAAAUAAAUCAUGCAUAAACUACGGACAGAUGAGCUACUACUCCUGCUUCUCCUGCCUCGCACAGUGUGGCUUGCCUCUGCUGGUCCUUGCUGGGAUUUUGUUUGUUUGUUUGUUUUUAAAUCAACCGAUCACAUUGAUCGGGGCCGAUAGCCAAAUGUAGUGUGUCUGGUAUGGAUUUGAAGAGACAUUAUCCCUUUUUUCAGUAAUUCAAAUGGAAGUAAGACGGUGGUUAGUACCUGUUGUACACUGCUUUGUUGAAGUGAUGUCUUCUGGAUCACGGAUUCCUGACUCUGUACCUCCACCGGGUUCCUCUGACUCGGGCUCUGAUUUUGAUGAACGGUUAAAACGCCUCAUGUCACGUUCUUCCACCGCCAUACCUCGGUUUGCUAGCUUUCUGCUGUUUGUUUGCUCUUGACUUGCAGGUGAAAGAUGCGUUUCAGCUAUUUGUGAUUUAACCAUACAGUAUUUCAUUAUGCAUUAUAAAUCUUAAACUUCCAAGUAAUUCCCGAAAAAGCAGUG